GAAAGGACAGGUGCACAAGUGAGAAGGUUAGUUUAUAAAUGGGUACCAGGUCACCCGCCUGCAGUGGUGCCUCCCUUCCUUGAUCAUGCUGCUGCCGAUCCUGCUGGCCGCCUCCUGGGCCGCCGUCGCCUCGGCGACAGACUGCGUGCCGAGGAUGUUCGAGGGGGACAGCGUGGUAUGUGUGUGCGAUUCUGACUUCUGUGACUUGCCGGGGCAGAUCAGCGCCCCUGAACUAGGGUCCAACACACGGAUCACCUCCUCCAAGGAUGGGCUCAGGUUCGCCGUUGAGACCUCCCUGAACGAAGUUUCUGCACCGGAUGGAGCCACCGUGGUGGUGAAUCUCGACCACACUCUCGAAUACCAGACAAUCUUCGGCUUCGGCGGCGCCUUCACGGACUCCACGGGAUUUAAUAUUCAGAAGCUGCCGGCGGAGGCUCAGGACUGGAUCAUGAAGUCGUACUUCUCCCCGGACGGAAUCGAGUACAGCGUGUGCCGCAUUCCCAUUGCCGGGAGUGAUUUCUCGACGCGCCCUUACUCGUACGAUGACGUGGAGGGAGACGUCGACCUUGCAUACUUCAACCUGACCAUGGAGGACUACGAGUAUAAGCUUCCCUACAUCCGCCGGGCAAUAGAAUUGGCCUCUCGGGAGCUGCUGCUCUUCGGGUCGCCCUGGGCCCCACCGGCGUGGAUGAAAGUAAACGGGAUGUUGAAUGGUACGGGAGGACUGUUGCCCGAGAUGUGGCAGCCGUGGGCCGACUAUUUCGUGAGGUUCGUUCAGGCUUACGAGGCCGAGGGAGCACCUAUUUGGGGUCUCACGCCGCAGAAUGAGCCGCUGACAGGCUUUGAGGAUUGGGCGUGGAACACGUGCGCCUGGUCAGCCGAGGACAUGCGGGACUGGAUCAAGAGCAACCUGGGACCCACACUGGAGGCCGCCGACAUGGGCCACAUUAAGCUCAUGGUGCUGGACCACAACCGCGACGCCCUACCUUGGUACUCGCAGACGAUUCUGGAAGAUGCUGACGCUAAUAAAUAUGUUGAUGGCACGGCGGUGCAUUGGUACGAUGACGACAACACUGGGCCCGAAGUGUUGAGUGAACUGAACGACCUCUUUCCAGACAAGUUCCAACUGUAUACAGAGUCUUGUGACGGAUGGGACGCACCUCUAGAUCAGAGGGUGAUCUUGGGUGACUGGUACAGGGCAGAGAGCUACGCCUCCAACAUCAUUGAGGACAUAAACCACUGGUCGACUGGCUGGGUGGACUGGAACAUGGCUCUUGAUACCACCGGGGGACCGAAUUGGGCCAACAACUUCGUCGACUCACCGAUCAUCGUGAACGAGGCAGACCAAGAGUUCUACAAGCAGCCCAUGUUCUACGCGAUGGGUCACUUCAGUAAGUUCAUUGAGCCUGGUGGUCACUACAUCUCCACCACAGUAUCCGAAGGGUCCGACCGCGUGAUGGCUGCUGGCUUCCACAGCGGCGAUCACACCACCUCUACGGUUGUCAUCCUCAAUAUGGGAGAGAGCGAGGAGUCGGUGAGUGUGGACGUGGGAAGUGGCCUAGAGUUCGUCAACUUUGCUAUGCCUGGCAAGUCUAUCGUGACCAUCCUGGUGCCCACGCCUGGUGUGUAGCCAAGCAGGGAGAGAACGUUGGAUGUCAUCUCCUAGAUCUCACCGUCCUCUGGCCUCACUGGAAUGAGAAAGGACCGAGAAAAAAAAAUAGAUGUUGAAUAUAUUCUAAUGUACACAUUGCAAAUAAAGUAGCUGAUAAAACAA